GCAAGGAAUCCUGAUCUCUCCUCAAAGCAAUGAAAGUCGUCUUGUUGGACUGGUGGAGAGCGAUGGAACAGCAGCGUUGUUCCUAUACAAACACAAGAGAAUGGCUAUUUGUGCUGAGGAUAUAACGCUGGAUGAAAUAAUUCCACUGGUAAAUGGCAUCACCAUUGAGAAAGUUACUUCAUAUGAAGGUGUUCAUAUUAUUGGUUCUGAUAUCACUGUGCUUAUUAAAUCUCAAGAAAGCGAUUGGGAAAUGCAGUUUCCCUUUGGUUCCCACACUCAAGAAUUUUUGAAUCGAGUCAAACAGUCACUUCAAGGAGCACUUCCUGGGCUCUCAUCACCACAGUUUCUGUGGCUACGGAAAUAUUGGCAAAGAAGCCUUCCAAACCUUAACAGUUUCUUUUUAAACAUGAACCAAGAGGGCACAGAGCAAAAUCACUAUUCUGCCGAAGCUAGACAUUCUGAAUCAGAUCACGCCGCACAAGACAUCCAGCCAAAUGGACAGAAACUGAAGACUACACAGAAACGUGAUCCCUCCCGCUCCCCACAAACUGUGCCUAAACACAAUAAAACGAAAUCCGAUAUCACGGACAUGGUGCGAUCAGCAGAUGUGAUCACUGCAAACAAAGCAGAAAUGCUACCUUUCUCAAAAUUUGGACUUCGGGAUAAUUUGAUUAAAUCUGAACUGCUUAAAAAAGAGCACACCUAUACUUCAAUUCAGAAUUUCAGGUUUUAUGUUGGAACAUACAAUGUGAAUGGACAAUCUCCUAAAGAGAGCUUGCAGUCAUGGCUAAGCAAAGAUUCUGAACCUCCUGAUGUGUACUGUAUCGGGUUUCAAGAGCUUGACCUAAGCAAAGAAGCCUUCUUCUUUAAUGACACCCCUAAGGAAGAAGAAUGGUUCAAAGCAGUGUCUGAUGGGUUACAUCCUGGAGCAAGCUAUGCUAAGAUCAAAUUAAUCAGGCUUGUUGGCAUUAUGUUGCUGCUGUAUGUUAAAAAAGAUCUUGCUGUUCAUAUCUCUGAGGUAGAAGCGGAAACUGUGGGCACAGGAAUUAUGGGAAGGAUGGGUAACAAAGGAGGUGUGGCGAUCCGAUUCCAAUUUCACAACACUCACAUGUGUGUGGUAAACGCUCACUUGGCUGCUCAUGUAGAGGAAUUUGAGAGGAGGAACCAGGACUUCAGAGAUAUCUGUGCUCGGAUGCAGUUUCCACAGGUGGAUCCAUCACUUCCUCCCCUCACCAUACACAAACACGAUGUGAUCUUAUGGCUCGGUGAUUUGAACUACAGAUUAAAAGAUGUAGACAUGGACAAAGUAAAGAAACUGAUUGAAGAUCAGGAAUACCAAACACUAUACAAGUUUGAUCAGCUGAAGCAUCAGAUGAAUGAAAAGGCUGUGUUUGAUGGUUUUACAGAAGGGGAGAUAACAUUCCAACCAACUUACAAGUAUGACACUGGUUCUGAUGAAUGGGAUACAAGUGAGAAAUGCCGUGCUCCAGCCUGGUGUGACCGUAUCCUCUGGAAAGGCAAGCACAUAACUCAGCUGGUCUACCGAAGUCAUAUGGAUCUGAAAACCAGUGAUCAUAAACCAGUCAGCUCUGCAUUUAACAUUGGUAUCAAAGUGGUAAAUGAAGAGUUACACAAAAAAACUUUUGAAGAAAUUGUCCGCACUCUAGAUAAAAUGGAGAAUGACUGCAUUCCUUCAGCCAGCCUAUCCCAGAGAGAGUUUACCUUCAAGGAUGUGAAAUAUAUGCAGCUGCAAGUACAGACAUUCACCGUUCAUAAUGAUGGACAAGUGGCGUGUCAGUUUGAGUUCAUUAGUAAGCUGGAUGAACCUUCCUACAGCAAACCAUGGCUACGAGCUAAUCCAAGCAAAGGAUUUCUUACACCAGGAUCAGAAAUGGUGGUAGAGCUGGAAUUGUUUGUAAAUAACUCAACAGCUGCUAAGCUCAGUUCUUGCGAGGACUCUAUUGAAGACAUCUUGGUUCUACACCUGGACAGAGGGAAGGAUUUCUUCUUGUCAGUGUCUGGAAAUUAUCUUCACAGCUGCUUUGGUUCAUCCAUCCAGAUGCUGUGUCACAUGAGAGAGCCCAUCAGAGAUAUGUCAGCAGAUACCAUCAGAGAACUGGCAAGCUUACCCUUACAGAUAAAGGAUGCGUUUCUGGGGCCGGACAAACCACUUGAAAUCCCAAAAGAACUCUGGAUGAUGGUUGACCACCUUUACCGUAAUGCUGCCCAACAGGAGGAUCUGUUUCAGCAGCCUGGAUUAAGGACAGAGUUUGAAGCCAUUAGAGACUGCCUGGAUACAGGAUCACCAGAAUCUCUUCCUGGCAGCAACCAUUCUGUGGUUGAAGCUCUCUUGUUGUUUCUAGAAAGUCUGCCCGAGCCUGUUGUCUGUUACCAGUCAUAUGAGAGUUGUUUGGAGUGUGCUGGAGAUUAUUCCAGAAGCAAAGAGGUUAUUGUCAUGCUACCAUUGUGCCACAAAAAUGUAUUCAAUUACUUAAUCUCCUUCCUGAGAGAGCUGCUAAAAUGUUCACAGAAGAACCACUUGGAUAUUAAUAUUUUAGCAAGUAUUUUUGGAAACCUGCUAAUCAGGCCUCCACCUGGCUAUCACAAACCCAACAAUGCCGACAAGAUGAAGUGUCAGGAAUUCAUUAAAGAAUUUCUUCAGUGGGGUGAAAGUCAAUGAGUAUUUCUUGUAAUUUAUUAUCAGAAUUCUAUAACAAUGGUUUUACGGCAGUACACAUGAAAGUGCCAGAUCGCCUCUCGUUUUAAGUCUUCAGUUAGAGGAACAUUAAGAGAAGUGUAUAUAUCACUGUGUAUAUUUGAAACCCAAGUCAUAUUGUGCAAGCUACAGCGAAAAGAAAAGAAGAUUCAAUGGAUACCAUAACAUUCCUAUAAAAUAGAAUGGUUCGGAGAAUUGUUGCCAUAUCCAAAAUGGUUUCUCCUUAUGUAUGCUAUAUAUAGAUACACAGUAUAUGAAAAAGUGCAUGUAUUUAACUUGUAAGCAGAACAUUUUAAUUUAAAUUUUAUUUGAAAAAAGUAAAUGUUUAUUUAUUAGAUUUGGUGUCACAAAACCCCAAAUUCACCAAUGAUUUAUUUUAUUACUUAGAAAAGUCCUCCAUUUGGCAUCAUUUGUAUUGUAGUCCCAUCUGUAACAGAGUGACUGCAGCAGUCAAGUUAACAUUUUAUGACUUUUAAUUAAGGAAUUUAAAGAUUGGUAAUUGCUGUAUUGUUGAGUUCUAUUAAUUAAUUAUGUCACAAUAUAGAAGCUUUAAAAUGUCUCUGUGUAUAUAAUGUGUUUGCAGCAGUGUUGCCGGUAAAGGGAUGUCAGCGUUUGCAACUCUCUCUGGCAUCAGAGGAGUUAACACUAGCUCUUACCAAAAGCAGCACAAAUGUUGAGAGUUCAGAGAUGUUGUCAGCCAUACCAUUCCCACACUGGGAUAUUAUAGGUAGUAAGAUACCACCUGUUGGUGGAAUAAAUUAUGGAAGUUUAUAAAUUAUAUACUUUACUUUUUUUUAAAGCAAACUAAAACACAUUUUACUAAUAUUAAGGUCAUCUAGGUAAUUAUUUGGUCUUUCACAAAAAAUACUCAAUGAGUAGCUAAUAAAUUAAGAAAAACUGUACUUAAAAAUUGACCGUUUAGGCCCGCAGGGGUGUCCAAACUUUGCUCUCCAGAGGUUUUGGAACUACAUUUCCGAUGAUGCUCAGCCAGCAUUUUAUCUAGCUGAGCAUCAUGGGAUAUGUAGUUCCAAAACCUCUGGAGAGCAAAGUUUAGACACCCCUGGUAAAUUCUCCCACAUAUAACCAGCAUAUUGAAAUAUGAUUUGAAAAUAGACUAUUUUAAUAAAUAAUUAUUUGAAAAUAGAGACUAUUUUAAUGAAUAUAUAUUUGACACUAUACUAUUUAAACUUGUGUAAUGUCAUAAACUGGCACUGUUUGCAUUCUUUCUUAUUUAUGCUGGAUUUGAAGAAGUAAUUGAAGUGUUGUAUACAUACAUAUUGUAUAUUUUUAUAGUGUAUAAAAUCAUUAUUACUGUAAUAUCUUUUGUACAGAGUUUUAGCUAUUUUCAAAUAACCUAUUUUAUGUAUAUACAUAUAGAUAUAUUUCAGACUUUUUUUUUUCUUAGCAAUACUACUGAAACCGGUUUUGAAUACAAUUUAUCAUUUUCUAUACUAUACAUUUUUUGUUUGUUUUUUUUUCAUCAAAAAAUUAUUUUCUAUUAAGAAUCUAUAAUUCUCAUAAUAAAGCACAGACAACUAUUUUACAUUUUAAA